GCUCGUCCGCGUUGUUAUUACGAUCCUUUUCAACGUGUGCUGGUAGGGAUCGCAAGUCCGCUACUAAAAAUCACGCAAAAUGCCUCUCGCGAAGGAUUUGCUGAACCCGAGUCCGCUCGAGGAGAAGCGCAAAUGCAAGCUGAAGCGAUUGGUGCAGUCGCCGAACUCGUUUUUCAUGGACGUCAAGUGCCCCGGCUGCUACAGAAUCACCACCGUGUUUUCGCAUGCCCAAACCGUAGUCUUGUGCACCGGCUGCACGACCAUGCUGUGCCAGCCCACCGGAGGGAAGGCGAAACUCACUGAUGGUUGCUCGUUCCGUCGGAAGCAGCAUUAGGUGCAGGUGAACGAGAGGAAAAGUCAGAUUCUUCGGCCAUCGGAAGAACUUCAAGCAGUAUCCGAGUCAUCGUCCCGUAUCCGCCACCACCAUCGAUCUACAUUAUGCGGCCGAAAACGACUAAAUGGAAUAAAAGCUCAUCUCGUUCGUGAAA